GUCUUGUCUUUGUCAUGGUUUACAUGUGCCAACACGUUUCGUCAUAUGGAGGUGAGGACCUCCACUUACCUCCACUGACUCUCUCUGUAUUUUCUUCUUCUUUCAUUCUUCAACUUCUUUGUUUCUUUUCUUCCUCAAGCAAGAUAUCUAGACUAUUGGACUGAGAUGUCCCAAACCGUUCUCGACCUUCUUAUCUCUCUAUAGUUGCGGGUGUAUUCAGUCGGUGAUAUCGUCAUUGCAGUGCGACCAAGACAUCGUCCCCAUCACUGUCGCAUAACCAACACCUUGGUACCAGUUCGUUCUUACAGACACAGAACUUCGCAUAUAGUUUCAGUCGAAAUACCACACACCUUCUUCAUCGCGAUAUCGCACCAAGUCUCUGAAUAAACUACCGCUGAAGGUUGUACUGUUGCCACAAAUGCCGGCCUUUGCAGGCGCGCCAAGAGGACUCAUUCGCCGGUUCUGGCUGCCAGGCGUUGUCACUACAUCUGCGGCUGUUCUCAUCUAUAGCUACCGUCCCCGUGAUUUCACUGGCCAUACAUCACCCGCAGUUCCGCCUCCAACCUUUGGCGCUGAUGGCACUUUCAAGCUUCCCCGAUUUCCUCGUGUCAAAACACGCGAAGAGCAGCUAGACCAACUCCGAGGAAGCUCACGGCCUCAAGUCCAACAAUAUGACAUACUUGUCAUUGGGGGUGGUGCCACUGGUGCUGGUGUCGCCCUCGACGCUGCUACUCGUGGCCUCAAAGUAGCUGUCGUCGAACGUGACGAUUUCAGCAGCGGCACGAGCAGUAAGAGUACCAAGCUGGUUCACGGAGGUGUUCGCUAUCUCGAGAAAGCCGUCUGGAACUUGGAUUAUAACCAGUACUUGCUCGUCAAGGAGGCUCUAAAGGAGCGCAAGUACUUCCUACAGACGGCACCCCAUCUGAGUUCCUGGCUCCCCAUUAUGCUGCCUCUCGAUAAGUGGUGGAAAGCUCCCUAUUACUGGGCUGGCACUAAGUUCUAUGACUUUCUUGCCGGUAGUGAAGGCAUUGAGGGGUCUUACUUUCUGACUCGAAGUAAGGCACUUGAGGCCUUCCCUAUGCUUAAACCUACAGAUCUUGUCGGUGCUCUCGUGUACUACGACGGUGCACAUAACGAUUCGCGCAUGAAUGUUUCUAUCGCAAUGACCGCUGCCCUCUAUGGCGCAACUGUUGUCAACCAUGCUGAGGUCACAGGACUCAUAAAGAAUGGCGACGGAAACCUUUGCGGCGCCAUAGUUAGGGAUCUUGUUUCUGUAAAGGAUGGUCGACCAGCCGAAGUCAUAACUGUUCGCGCAAAGAGUGUCAUCAACUGUACGGGGCCCUUUACUGACUCUGUUCGAAAAAUGGACGACCCAGGCUGCAAGGAAAUUGUGGCCCCAGCAUCUGGAGUUCACGUCAUUCUCCCUGGUUAUUUCAGUCCAGGGAAAAUGGGACUGAUCGAUCCGUCGACGUCUGACGGCCGGGUCAUCUUCUUCCUCCCAUGGCAAGGCAACACUAUCGCAGGCACCACCGAUUCCCCUUCGACCAUCACACCAAAUCCUCUACCCGACGAGAAGUCUAUCGAGUGGAUCCUGAGCGAAAUAAGCCACUAUCUUUCCCCAGAGAUAAAUGUUCGCAGAGGUGAUGUCCUCGCUGCCUGGUCCGGUAUUCGCCCGCUCGUCAAGGACCCUAAAGCCAAGAACACCGAGUCCCUUGUUCGAAAUCAUCUGAUUGAUAUCUCCGCUUCUGGCUUGUUGACUUGUGCAGGCGGGAAAUGGACAACCUAUAGACAAAUGGCAGAGGAGUGCGUGGACUUUGCCAUUCAAGAAUUUCGUCUUGAGCCCCGGCCUGUUGCAGAUGCACCUCGUGUCAGCGGUACCGAUCUAAUUGACGAUGGGGCAAUAUUGGAUGGCAAAUGUCAGACGCACAAGGUUCGUUUACUUGGUGCUCACGGCUUUAGCCCAACACUAUUCAUCCCUAUUAUCCAGCACUUUGGGGUUGAGACUGAGGUCGCCAAACACUUGACCGAGUCCUAUGGUGAUCGUGCCUGGACUGUUGCCUCGCUUUGCAAGCUGACUGACAAGCGCUUCCCCGCCCGUGGUGAACGCAUCUCCCAGCUCUAUCCAUUUGUUGAUGGUGAGAUUCGAUAUGCUAUUCGACACGAGUACGCCCAGACGGCCGUUGAUGUUCUCGCUCGACGCACGCGACUAGCCUUUCUCAAUGCGCAGGCUGCCCUCGAAGCCCUCCCCAAGGUAAUAGACAUCAUGGCUGAAGAGCUCAAGUGGAGCCGUCAACGAAAGGAUCUCGAGUGGAAAGAAUCUGUUGCCUACUUAGAGUCUAUGGGUUUACCAAAGCCCAUGCUUACCGUGACACGGAAGCAAGUUGAGCAAGGAAAGCUUGACUUUGCCAGCUCGCUGGAAUGGCAGAUGUAUUCACGCCACGAUAAGCCGACCGACUAGGGCUGGAUCACUAUCCAAAAAAUAGUGAGGCAUGGUCGGGGGGGACAGCUCAGUGGAGAGCAAAAAUUUGUAAUGGCGACUGGGGAUACUCCCAAGGAUAAGAACAAGUUAUACGCCAUCUAUCAAGCUUUCCAUUCAAGGCUGAUGAUCGUGGAAGCUUGUUUCUACCAGCCUCUACUGACAAUAGCUUCCACGGUGGAGUAUCAUAAAAGGUAUGUCCUGGGAUAAAGUGAUAACCAUGUCGAUUAAUGAGUUCCCUUUUCGUUAGUAACGCACCAAUAUAUACAAGGACUAUUGAUUCAACCAGAUCUGUGUACUUUACCUGUGAAAGUAAAGUUGAACACC